AUGCACCGGCCAAUAUGGCGGCGCAAGUUGCUUAUUAAGUCGGAAAUUUCCACCAUGUUGCUCUGUUUUAGCGGGGAUAAUUUCUCGUUAGUCGACAAGUUGGCGCCACCGCCGCGCUCAAUCUAUUCAUAUCUAUCUAUCUAUCUAUCUAUCUAUCUAUAUUCAUCAUAUCUAUCUAUCUAUAUUCAUCAUAUCUAUCUCAGUCUGUUUUAUAUCUAUCUAUCUAUCUAUCUAUCUAUCUAUCUAUCUAUAUAUAUAUAUAUAUAUAUAUAUAUUCUAUUCAUAUCUAUCUCAGUCUAUUCAUAUCUAUCUAUCUAUCUAUCUAUCUAUCUAUCUAUCUGGUCAUAUCUAUCUAGCAAUAUAUCUAUCUAUCUAGGUCUAUUCAUAACUAUUUAUCUAUCUUAUUUAUUUAUAUCUAUCUAUCUAUCAAUGUUCAACAUUAUCUCAAAUCAAUCAGUAGGUCAGGAAUUUAUCUAUCUAUCUAUCUAUCUAUCUAACUAUCUAUCUAUCUAUCUAUCUAUCUAUCUAUCUCAGGCUGUUCAUAUCUAUCUAUCUAUCUAUCUAUCUAUCUAUCUAUCUAUCUAUCUCUUCAUAUCUAUCUAUCUAACUAUCUAUCUAUCUAUCUAUCUAUCUACCACACUCUCUUCCUAUCUAUCUAUCUAUCUAUCUAUCUAUUUCAGUCUCUUCAUAUCUAUCUAUAUAUCUAUCUCAGGCUGCUUCUUUUUCUAUAUCUGUUCAUCGUUCAGUGACGCCCAUUUCAUGCAAUCUAUUCCAAACAAUGGCAUGACGUUGACAUUUCCCUCUCUGUCCAGCCUAAUCAAGCCGAUCUAUUUCUUUCCGCUAAUAUCUAUCUAUCUAUCUAUCUAUCUAUCUAUCUAUCUAUCUAUCUAUCUAUCUAUCUAUCUAUUUAAGCAUGUUCAUGCAUAUCCAUUUAUCUAUCUUCGAUUUUUCGGUAUCUAUCUAUCUAUCUAUCUAUCUUGGUCAUAUAUCAUUAUCUAUCUAUCUAUCUAUCUAUCUAUCUAUCUAUCUAUCUAUCUAUCUAUCGAUCGAUCGAUCGAUCUGUUUCUCUGUUCGUGUAUAUCUAGCUACCUAUUUAAGCCUGUUCAUGUAUAUCCAUUUGUCUGUUUUCGCUUUUUUCGUUAUCUAUCUAUCUAUCUAUCUAUCUAUCUAUCUAUCUAUCUAUCUGUCCGUUCGUGUAUAUCCAUCUAUUUCAAAAAGAUCUAUCUAUCUAUCUAUCUAUCUAUCUAUCUAUCUAUCUAUCUAUCUAUCUAUCUAUUUGAGCCUGUUCUUAUCUAUCUAUCUAUUCCAUUAAUAGCAAUUCACUUCCUUCCGUGUUAUCUUUCUUGCUUUUAUUUGUCUUACUAUCUUUCUCCUCGCUUGGUGUUUUUUUUUUUCUCUCUCUUCCCAAAACUGUCGUCUGCCUUGUUACUUUCUAUCUUCACCACUAAUUACUUGCUUGCUUAA